UCUCAGCGCGCGCUCGGCCGCCCGACGACGCGGGAGCCGCACGCGCCAGACGAGGCUCGCCGCGCUCAUUGCCGCCGAGCGCCGGCCCGCUGAGGCGGCGCCCUCGGUUCCCGGCCAGGAGGGAAUCGGUGGCCCCAGAGCGGAGGCGGUGGCGGCGGGAAAGAUGAAGAACGAAACUGCUGCCGUAGUCUUCUUUUUCACAAGGCUAGUUCGAAAACAUGAUAAGUUGAAAAAAGAAGCAGUGGAGAGGUUUGCUGAGAAAUUGACUCUAAUACUUCAAGAAAAAUAUAAAAAUCACUGGUGUCCGGAAAAACCAUCAAAAGGACAGGCCUACAGAUGCGUUCGUGUCAAUAAGUUUCAGAGAGUUGAUCCUGAUGUCCUGAAAGCCUGUGAGAACAGCUGCUGCAUUUUGUACAGUGACCUGGGCUUCCCAAAGGAACUCACUCUAUGGGCGGACCCAUGUGAGCUGUGCUGUCGGUAUGGAGAGAAAAACAAUGCAUUCACUGUUGCCAGCUUUGAAAAUGAGGAUGAGAACAAGGAUGAGAUUUCCAAGAAGGUGACCAGGGCCCUUGAUAAGGUUACCUCUGAUUAUCAUUCAGGGUCCUCUUCUUCAGAUGAAGAAACAAGUAAGGAAGUAGAAGUGAAACCCAAUUCAGUGGCUGCGACCCCCAGCCCCGUGUACCAGAUUUCAGAGCUGAUAUUCCCGCCUCUUCCAAUGUGGCACCCUUUACCCAGAAAAAAACCAGGAAUGUACCGAGGGAAUGGUCAUCAAAGUCACUACCCUCCGCCUGUUCCAUUUGGUUAUCCAAAUCAGGGAAGGAAGAAUAAACCAUAUCGCCCAAUUCCAGUAACAUGGGUACCUCCUCCUGGAAUGCAUUGUGACCGGAAUCACUGGAUUAAUCCUCACAUGUUAGCACCUCACUAGCUGCUUUGAUUCUGUUGGUGUCAUGUUGAGAGAAGGUAGAAUAAGCCUGACUGCAUAUUAAAAGUUCAUACUCAAAGUAGUAAAGUUAGAUGGGCUAAACCAUCAAACUUAUUUUUAUAGAGAAGUUAUUGAGAAUAAUCUUUCUUAAA